AUGCCGCUUUUUUCCUGGCUUUCACCUUUCAAAAGCAAGCUUGAUGUCAGUGAGAGCAAUCAUGUUCAAACCACCAAUCCAGCAAUAGUGGAUCCCAUGGAGCCCAUUGAGGAUAGGGACUUUGACACCCUCGCAGACAAAGUGGAAGCUCUACGGUCGGAACUCGAAUAUGCCUAUGAACUUUGUGACCAAGCAAACGUCGAACUUGACAAGUAUCGCACAGAACUUUACGUGCUCCGCAGGUCACUGGAAUCUGAGCGGGAAAGCGGCGCUGAAGCGCACCGGUUACUAGUCGAGGAGCAAGCAAAAUGCGUAACCCUCCAGGCACAGGUUAAGACCAUGCAAACCAGCUCGAGAAACGGGUCUGUUCUUGCCGGUCAACUCCAAGCAAGACUCAAUACUGAGAUGGCGUCGUUGAGAGCCAUGACUAAACAUGCCCGGAAACUUGAGGAGAAGUUGAUUGAUACGCAGCUGGAUCUAGAAUACCUCAAGUGUACUACAAAUGCCGAGCCGCUGAAGGACCCUUUGAUCGCCCUCGCACAAGACUUUCCCCUACCAGCGCAACCAUUUGUUGUCGUAUUAGUGGAUGGUGAUGCCUACGGUUGGGCUCCUGACAUCUACAAAAAUGGCAUUGGGCAAGGAGGCAGUUCGACAACCACUCAUGUCAAUGACACCGACCCAGGUGCCAUAGGCGCUACGAGAAUCCGUAACGAAGUGGUCAAAUACAUCUUGAAUCAAAAUGGAACCAUACCCAUAACAUCUAAGGUCGUCACUCGCGUCUUCCUCAACUUCGGGCCUGGGGCUCGACAGGGUGUGCUGCAAACCCGACGUCGAAAUGGUCCUACAAGCACGGCCGUGAAGGAUUUCGCGAUCCAGUUCACCGAGAAAAUCCCCUUGUUCGAUUUCUUUGACGCAGGGAGAGGGAAAGAGAGGGUAGACGACAAAAUUAGAGAAAACUUCCAUCUUUACCUCUCGACGCCGAACUGCCACGCAAUCUUUCUCGCUGCCUGCCUCGACAAUGGGUUUGCUCGGAUGCUUGAGCAAUAUAGUGACCAUCCAGUGGCUCGUCAAAAGAUCGUCCUAGUCUCGCCUGGCUACGUCGCACUUGAGAUUCAGAAGUUGGCGCUGAAUGUAGUUGAGUGGCCGAACGUGUUUGCUGUACGAACGAUGCCCGCACAUACAGCCGCAAAGCACACGAAAGAAAUGCGCAAACAGCAGAAACAGAGAGCACGCGCCCAGCGCAGUGCAUCUACACCGGCAAUAACAUCUGGGGAUACUCGAUCCAGUUUCGCACCGAGGUUGUUGGACCUGUUGCCUGGGUGGAAUCCUAAUAUGGGAAUGAGCAAGGCUUCAAAUGGAGUUGGUUUCAGAGUUCAGCAAGCAACAAGCCCUGGUGUUAUCGAGCGUCUCGACCUUGCACAGACGGUUGAGGCCACCGAAGACGUUGACUGA